AAAUGGAAAGAACAUAUAAAAUCGAAUAAAAAAUAAAGGAGAGAGAGAGAGAGAGAAGAGAAGAGAAGAGGAGACUACACUGCUCCAUCAUCUUCUCCUUCUGGGGAUUUUUUUUUGGAAAAAUCGUUCUGUUACCUUUUUUUUGCCCAUUACUCAAACCCUAACCCUAAUUUUCUGAAAUCGCAGAGAGAGAGAGAGAGAGGUUUCUUCGAAUUCUUUCAUCAUCAAUUCGCUAACUUUGUUUUUUUGGGGUUAAAUCGAUUAAUCGUUAUUUUAUUAGAUACUGUCGAUCGGAGCUAAUCGACUCUCUCUUAACAAACCCUAAUUUUUUGGUCCUCUCUCAUGGCUUCCGCCACUUCCAAUAACCCUGCUUCUUCUUCUAUGUCUCCUCGUCGUAUCAGCGGGAAUCACGGCAGCCCCACCGCUUCCGUAGCACAAUCACCUCGCCGUCCUUCUCGGCAGGUUUCUUCUCCGUGGACUCAAAUCGUCCGCGGCGAAUCAGAGCCGAUCGCCGCCGCCGCCGCUGUAGCCGGUCCUUCCUCUCCUCAAUCCAGGGCUCCGAUCGAGCCGAUUGCUUCUGUAUCCGUUGCUGCUCCAACUGCUGCUGUUUUGACGGUGGAGGCGGCGGCUGGUGAUGAGAAAUCGGAAGCAUCUGGUGGUCAGGACAAUGCUGGAAAGAAACCAGUUUGGAAAAGGCCGUCUAAUGGGGCUUCUGAGGUUGGACCUGUCAUGGGAGCUUCUUCGUGGCCUGCUCUUUCUGAGACCACCAAAGCUCCUUCCAACAAGUCUUCUUCUGAUUCGUUAAAAAGUCUCGGUGAUGUACCAUCAUCAUCGUCAGCAUCAUCAUCUGUCCCCGUUACUCAGGGAAUUGCAAAUGCUUCUGUUCCUGCACCAAAGCAAGCUGGCCGUGCAAACCCUAAUCCAACUCCAAAUCACUCGCGCCAGAGAUCAUUUAAACAACGCAAUGGCGCCUCUGGAUCAGCUAAUGGUACUGUUUCUCAACCAUCAGCGCAGGGUUCAUUUACCGAAUUGCCUUCGCACAACCCUUCUCCUAGAGGCCAAAACCAGAAGAAUGGCUUUGCGUCACAAAACCAUGGUGGUACUGAAAACCCAUCUCAACGAGACUCCUACAGGAACCAAAACGGUAAUCAUCACCAAAGUCACGGUGGCAGGCGCAAUCAGGAGCACGGGAAUCAAAAUUGGACUUUUCAAAGAAGUUUUAACGGGAGAGAAGGAAAUGCGCAAUCGCAAAGAGGUACUCCAGCUUUUGUAAGACAUCCAUCACCAACUGUGCAGCCAAUUCCUCAGUUUAUGGCAGCUCAGCCUUUUCCCAGUCAUAUACCCUUCCCUACUGAAUUGGCACAGUCGUCGUAUUAUCCCCGUAUGCCUUACAUGACACCUAUUCCGCAUGGUCCGCAGUUCUUCUACCAUUAUCAAGAUCCUCCGUUACACAUGAAACUGCAUAAGCAAAUACAAUAUUAUUUUAGUGAUGAAAAUUUGAUUACAGACAUAUACCUUCGAGGGUUCAUGAAUAAUGAGGGUUUUGUUCCGCUACGUGUGGUAGCUGGUUUCAAAAAGGUAAACUAGAUGUAUUGUCUUUCAUACUGGCCCAGUUCACUUCUCUCCGUUUAUAUUAUAAACAGUAGAAUUAAGAGUUUCAUUUCUGUAUAAUUCAACAAAUGUUUUUUUUACUGAUUAGGAUUAAGGCGAAUUUGUACUUACUACUUAGUCCAAUAGGAUCUUUGAUUCUUUUGUGACUAUUUAUAUAAAGAUGUGGCAUGCAUGUACAAACUUUCAGCAAAUGGAUAUGCUCUUAAGAUAGUUGAAAUAUGUUAACAGUGGGCAUGUAUUGAGAAAUUCGAUUGUGAAUCCUUCGUUUGUUCUUAUAUACUGUGUUGCAUAAUGUUGAACCUGAACAAGUAGGACUUAUUAGCUAGCUGCACAGUAGGCUCUACACCAAUUUUUUUUUGCUUUUCUUUUUCCUUAUCCUAGUUACUAUAACAUUUUGUUGCUUUGUACUCGUCAAGAGUUCUGUUAUUAUUCUCUGUGAAUUUUAUCUAUGUUUUGUUUUUUCUCUCUCCUACUUCAGGUUGCAGAACUUACAGAUAAUAUCCAGCAGAUAGUGGAGGCUCUUCAAAAUUCACCUCAUGUUGAAGUGCAGGGUGACUUCAUAAGGAAGCGCGAUAAUUGGCAAAAUUGGGUGCUAAGGAGGAACCCUACAGGUUCCGGCCCCCAAUCUGUUGAUAGGGCAGAUGCAGUGGCAAAACGACUUGGAAACUUGUCAGUUGAUCAGAGUUCGGCUGAUCCCAUUGGUGGUUCGAGCAGUCAGUUGCAACCUACAGAAGCUCUUUCAGAUGAUCAGCAACAGUCUUCUAGUACUGCUCCAGUGAGCAACCACAACGCCCCAGAUGGUGCAAACCGUUGAACCAUCAAGUUUGGGGGCUGUUGGUUAGUGUUGGACAUGAAUAUAUUAUUUUGUCUUGCCCAAAAUGAGGAAAACAAUAAUGAAGGGGAAUCAAAAAAGAAAGAAAAGAGAUAAAAGCAUAAAGAGAAGAGACGCAUAUGAAAAAAAAAAAAAAAGGAUCAAACAUUUGUGAUUCUUCUAGCUAGCGGAAACUUUGGCAUAUUUAUGGGUUCUUUUUUUUUUUGGUUAUUUUUGGAUGCUAAUAACUUUUUUUUAUGUUUAUGCUACAUAUGCUAUGAUCAUUAUUAUGGUUGCUUGUAGCCAUUGUUAUGGUCUGGGAUUUAUUGGUUUUGCUUGCUAAUACUCUCUUAUAACCCCUGUUACUGUUUUUUUGUUCUGUUCUGGAUUUCAAUAUUUCGAUUGUUUUUAUGGGUUUGAGAGAGUUAAAAUAAGAGGAGUAGACUCGUGAAUCUCUUCUAAUUCUUCAAGCAAAAAGAAACUUUACUU